GAGUGACCACGCUGCGCUUGCGCAAUAGCAAGGACAUUCCGGAAUGCUGAGCCCCAAGGAGACAGGCCCUAGGCGCCUGCGCAAAGCUCUGCUGAGUUUCUCCUUAAGGCUGUGCUCCUCUCCUGCUAUCUGCACUUCCUGAGACGCCCACCCACUGAACUGGGCCUCUCAGCAAACCCAGCGAAGGCCAGCGUAUCCAUCAAGUUGGGAACGAUGAACGGUCGGGUGCAGCUGAUGAAAACCUUCAUGACCCGUCCCCAACGUCCCAACCAGCGCCGCUGGAGGAACCCGAUUCCAUUCCCGGAGACGUUCAACGGGGAAACCGAGCGGCUGCCCGAGUUCAUCGUGCAGACCGGCUCCUACAUGUUCGUGGACGACAAGACCUUCUCAAGCGACGCCCUGAAGGUGACGUUCCUCAUCACCCGCCUCACGGGCCCGGCUCUCGAGUGGGUGAUGCCCUACAUCGAGAAGGACAGCCCGCUGCUCAACGAUUACCACGGCUUCCUGGCCGAGAUGAAGCGGGUCUUUGGAUGGGAGGAGGACGAGGACUUCUAGGCCGCGGGGUCCUCUGGCUCUGGCCGGGUGCUAGGGGAGGGUGGGCUGUGCCGGUCGCCUGGGGCGCCCUCCCCCACACCCCGGCGGCACCGCCCUCCCCCUCUGCUGCCGCGAGUGCCCGCACUCUGCUCUCCCAGCUCUGCUCUGCUCUGCUCUCUGGUCCCCUCCCGCGUCUUCCCGUUUGCCUUUGUUCCAGGAACAGCAGCUCUCCAGACUCGCGCUGCAGCCUCCACCAAGCCCCAACCCACUAAGCCUGUAAGCAGCCCCCAGGCCUGGCUGUGGAGCCCGCCACCGCCCAGCGCUCCCCACUGGCCCCUCCUCCCGCGCACUCUGGACUCUGGCCUGGCUGCAGCCUUGGACUGGGCCCCUGGUACCCACAGCUGAACAGACCACCCACAGCAGGCCUGGCUCAGCAGCCCUGCCAGCCCCCUGCCUGCCCCACCCUGCCCUGCCUUCACCAUCACCUUCACCAUCACCAUCACCAUGCAGCGCUCCCACCCACGGACUGCCACCCUGAUCUGGACUCAUCUGCCAGGCACCUGAGCUGGCCACAACAGCCCCUGGACUUGGAUUCAGAAGGCUCUGCCUCCCUCUGCAGGGCCACAGCAGCCUCUGCUUCAGCGGGACCCAUCCCCUCCCCUCCCUCAGAGACCUCUUUGUGUUCCUCCUGGCAGCCACAGCCAGGCAUUGCUUUGCUCCUGAGGACCGGCUAGUUCUCCCCAGUGUCCAGUUUUCUUCUGAGCUUGCAGCUAUCUCUGGUGUGUGAGCCUUUGUUUCUGCACAGUGGUGACCCCUGUGGUUGUUCAGCUCUUCUGCAUACACUACCUGUACCAAGUCUUUUCCUUACUUUCAAUAAAUGUCAGGCACUGUUUAAAGAGAAAAA